CGCUAUUGUUCUUCUUAUUUUAAGCUUAUUAUAAGUGAGCAAGAAUAGAAUAAUAAAAUGCACUGUUGUUUGAAGCUUACUUCUUGAGAUUUGUGCGUCUGAAGUUCUGAUGGCACUGUUGAAGCGGGAUUUCAAGACGUUUGUGCUUAAAUGAAAUGUGCUCAAAAAAGCUAAGACACUGUGUGGUCGUUCCUAUGUUCGGUAGAAAACCUUAAAAAAUAAGAAACUUGAUGUCAUAAAAAAUGUUGCGCAAAUGCCUUUAUCGAUUUUUCCCAGGUUUUUAUGAAGGCAUUUCUUGGCCAACUUGUUGAGAAAGCGAAUAUGAUAAACAGUUAGAUAAAAUUUGGUAUUUAAUGAUAACUAAUGUUUAAGGUGAAAUGGGAACGCGUCCAGGAGCAUUUUUGACUGGCGAUUUUGAGAGCACCGUUCUCGUCAACCAACAAAAGCUCGAAAACGAAAAUGCUACUCAAUGUUUAUCACGAGUGAGCAAGGAUACUCAUUGCUUUUUCUGCUCUAUUUGUUGCUUGGAUGACGAGAUCCGUGCUUUCGGUAUUUGCAAGCCAGCCAUUGUGACGGCCAUCUUUGGAUUCGCUCAUAUAUGUAGUUAAAUCAUUAAAAAACACCUCUGUGCAAAAGCAAAUUUGGAGAAUGAAGUUGAUUGUUAGAGAACUCGGCUAUUCUUCAAAAUAUCAUGAAAAUUGAAAGAAAUUACAAAAAUGUGGAUCAUAAUAUGCUGUACUUUGAAAGAAGUUGGUAGAAAUCAUCAGAACAGUUCAUUUUAUUAAAUAAACGAAGUGUAUUUAUAAUUUGUGAAACAGUCUAUAUGUCGUGACCUUUCCCCUUAUCAGCACUGACAAGCUCCAAUUUAUUCAUUCAUAUUCAAGCUACAGCGACGUACGGGAAGCAACGGAACAGUAUAAUGCUGGGAAAACUUAUUUGGUUCCAACUGCUGUUCGCAAUCACAUUAGCCUCAGCCUCGCACUACCAGUGCCUUCCAUAUCCGAUUGAUUCCGUGUGCAUACUUGAGCACAUUUCCUAUCAUAGCGGUGAUCUGGUCACUUUCCCCACAGGCUAUAAGCAGUAUCAUAUUAGACAUCCACGUUCCAGAAAAGAAUACUACUCCAAUGUGACAAUUUUCGAUGAAACUCUCUACGAAUCGAUGCAUCGUCCAUUGAGGAUUGAAAUGGAAAGAGUUUUUCUGACUGAAUUGACAUUGCCUGCGGAACUGAUGAUGGGAAAUUUCGCAGCAAAUCAAGUGCGUUCGGUGAAUGUAUCUAGGAAGAUGAAUUACCAAAUCACCUACCUCGAUUUGGCACAAAACAGUCUGACCAAUAUCGACUUUGUGAGCAGUCUUGUAAACUUGGAAAUUCUGCAUUUAGAAUAUAAUAGAAUAGGAAUCAUUCCAGGUUCCACCCUGAGUCCACUGACGAAGCUUAAAUACCUGUAUCUCAUACGUAACUCUUUCGCAGUAAUUUCCUGGAACAGUUUGCCAGCCAGCUUAAUCCACUUGGACUAUUCUUUUUGCAUUGCUGAAACGAUUGAAUUCACCAACGUAAGUCUUCCGUCAUUAGAAUAUCUUAACAUCCAGUUCAACAGCUUUUCUACGAUCAAUGUAACGGCCCUAUUACGGGCAGCUCCUAGCCUAAAACUUGUCUAUUUGUACAACAGCAACAUCAAUCAGUCACGAAUGCAUGAAAUUAAAGCCGAGCUAGCGGCGAACAAUGUUACCUUUGUCGAAAAUUACGAACGCGAGUAUUGCUAUUACCAAGAAGAUUAUAAGUAUGAGGACGGGAAAUGCAUUCAAGUUUACAAUGUUCCCAUAAGUAUUAGGAAAGCUGUGCUGCUUACUUCGGUAGUCAUCGUAGUUGCGGUGCUGCUUAUGUAUCUUACUUGGCUAGUUUUCAGACACAUGAACCGUUGAAUAGUCGUUAGUGCUUGUCAACAAUAAUAAAAUGUAAUGAAAAAUACAAAUUGGCAUACAGGGGAUACUCAAAAUAACUGGGACAGGUAAAAUUAUCACUUUUCAAAAAAUGUUCAACUAGGUAGCUGUAACUUUUCGAAAAGGGCAUCAAAUAUUCACGAAUUUUUACUGUAAGUUCAUCAACUAGUUGUGUAUCAGUGGUCAAAAUUGGGAAAAGAUCGGGCCAUUCUACACGAAGUUAUAUGUAAAGGUUCUAGUAAAAGGUAUAAUUAUUCGAUAGCCAACUUUGAGCUGUUAUAUCUCCGGAUUCAAUGAGCCGAAUGCAAUGAAAUUUUGAUCAUUUAUGACUUACAUAAUGAGCUAUUAAAAACUUUUGACUAAACUUAAAGUACUUUACACGAAAGAAAAUUAUAACGAUUAGAUUAUUUUUCUAAUAUAACACCAGUUUAUCCAAAACUUCGUUUCAAAAAUUCGAGAUAGUAAUUAUAGUUCAUUUAAUUCCCUCUAAUUGACUUGAAUAUAUUUAUGUUUCAAAGGAAUGCAACCAAAUGGCCGGCAUUGAAUUGAAAAGGUAAUGGGAUGCAUAUGGAAAAUUAAUAAAUUUACUAAAAAACAUAAAAUAAAUUAAAUCGCUUUUACUUUUUUUCUUAUUUUUAAUUUCAAAUAAAGUCAAUUGUUUUUCAAAGUUCAUUAUAUUAGUCAUAAAUGAUCAAAAUUUCAUUGCAUUCGGUUCAAUGAAUCCGGUUCAUUAAAUCCGGAGAUAUAACAGCUCAAAGUUGGCUAUCGGAUAAUAAUACCUUUUUCUAAAUUCUUCAUAACUUCGUGUAGAAUGGCUCGAUCUUUUCCAAACUCCCUAAGCAUAUUUAUACCUAGGGGGCGUCCAUAAAUAACGUAGCUUUUUCAAUGCGAUUUUUGAUACCCUCCUCCCUCCUCGUAGCAUUUCGUCACAAAUUCAGGUACCCCCCUCUAUAAAUGACGUAGCUUGUUAAACA